AUGGCUGGCUUAAGCCAAGACUCUGGGUUCUCCGACUCUGGGGAAUCCAACUGUGGACAGUCCUUACCUCCGAACCCCGGCAGUAGUAGUAGUACCAUCAGCAGUGGCAUUAACAAUAGUGCAGGAAUUGCUGUCGGUCGGAAUGCGACGACGACGACGACGACGCCGAUGUCGUUGUCGGGGCCGACGAGUUUGGGCAGCGCGUUUCGACGCAAAGCGAGCCGCGUGUUUUAUGCUAGCGAGGAGAAACUGGAUGAACAGGACUGGCCCAGGCCUGGGGCGAAUGUGUGGUAUUCUUCGACUUGCAGUCGGGUCGAGUUUAACGAAGCGAGGCUGUGUUCGACUGCUGAUGCUGUUCGACACCCGCCUGUUGUCAGAUUCGGAAAAACCAAGAGUGUACCAAGCCUAGAGGACUCCUCGACAUCAGGAACUUCAAGUUCCGGUCCUAGCUCCCAAUUUACCCUCAGCAACAUCCGGAGAACCCUGUUCGGCUCCAAGUCAAGCCACGACCUCAAUAACACGGGUUCCCCGAAACCCGCAACCUUACCCAGUUCCUGCAAAACCGCUUCCCCCGUCCAAAAGGGAAUCCUGAAGAAGCAACAACGUGACGACAACUUCCGUCGAUCCUCGCCGUCGACGUGUCGAUCCCCGGCGUCGUUCACUUGCUGAGCAGUUUUGCUGAAGUUCCAGAUGCUGGGUUACGUUUGCUCACCUUGGGGUUGCGGAACGACGCGAAUCCUGACGCAAGGAAGACCCUUGGGGCGCGUGGGUGGGUUUCGCGGCGUGGGUGUCGAGGUGUAG